CAGCUCGCGCGGCGUUUUGCUAGAGGUGCCGACUCGGGGGAGCUCGCGGUGGCGGCGGCAACAUGGCUGAUGUGCUGAGCGUCGGGGUAAACCUGGAGGCCUUUGCCCAGGCUAUCAGUGCCAUCCAGGCACUGCGCUCCAGCGUGAGCAGAGUGUUCGACUGCCUGAAGGAUGGCAUGCGGAACAAGGAGACGCUAGAGGGCCGAGAGAAGGCCUUCAUUGCGCACUUCCAGGACAACUUGCAUUCGGUUAACCGGGACCUCAAUGAGCUGGAGCGCCUGAGUAACUUGGUAGGAAAGCCAUCUGAGAACCAUCCUCUCCACAACAGCGGGCUGUUAAGCCUGGACCCUGUACAGGACAAAACUCCUCUCUACAGUCAACUCCUGCAGGCAUAUAAAUGGUCCAACAAGUUGCAGUACCACGCAGGCCUCGCAUCGGGCCUUUUGAAUCAGCAGUCGCUGAAGCGCUCUGCGAAUCAGAUGGGUGUGUCAGCCAAGCGGAGACCGAAGGCUCAGCCCACCACCCUGGUCCUGCCUCCUCAAUACGUUGACGAUGUGAUCAGCCGCAUCGACAGGAUGUUCCCUGAAAUGUCCAUCCACCUGUCCAGACCCAAUGGGACAUCAGCGAUGCUUCUGGUGACCUUGGGGAAGGUACUGAAAGUGAUUGUCGUCAUGCGGAGCCUGUUCAUUGAUCGAACCAUAGUGAAGGGCUACAAUGAAAACGUCUACACAGAAGAUGGCAAGCUUGACAUAUGGUCCAAAUCCAACUAUCAAGUAUUCCAAAAGCAAGUCUAUGUUGAGCACUCGCUGUGCGCCCGAGAUAUCCAGGCUGUGGGGACAGUCACCUGGGAAGGAGGAAGAGCGGACAGUGGGCCCAGCGCUUCCUAUGCCUGUCCCCAGCCGGGUCACAGACCACGCCACCACCGCCCUGCUGCACUACCAGCUGCCCCAGAUGCCAGACGUCGUGGUCAGGUCCUUCAUGACCUGGUUAAGAAGCUACAUAAAGCUAUUCCAGGCGCCCUGCCAGCGCUGUGGGAAGUUCCUGCAGGACGGCCUUCCCCCAACUUGGAGGGACUUCCGGACCCUCGAAGCCUUCCACGACACCUGCCGCCAGUGACCUGCCAGCCCCCAGCCUGCAGGACAGCACCCCAGCGACGGCCGCGACCCCAGCUGUGUCCCGCUGCCCCCCCAGGCAAGGGGACUCUCAGUCGGCAGCACGCGAUGCUCUUCCUAGGAGCCAGGACGCAGGCCCUGAUCCUCUUCAUGGCUGUCACCGGCCUGCGCCCCUGCGCUCAUGUACAUUGUGCCACGGGGCUGUUUUGUUUUGGUUUUGUAACAUAUUUAUAAACAAUAAACCUUUUGUACC